GAAAGAGAGAAACAGAGCGAAAGCGAAGGCAUUCAAUUCAGCCACAGGUGUUGCUCCUCCGUCCUUCUCGCACUCGCUCUCUCAACUCUCCCUUCCAAUCAUCUCUCUCUCUCUCUCUCUCUUCAUUGUCUUUUCCGCUUCUUUGAUUCGCAUCGAGGGUUUGGAUUCGGCAUCUGCUGCAACGAUGGGCACUGGUGGGCAGUUGAUCUCGGUCUAUCCUGAAGAGCUAAGCUUUGAAUUUGAGCUUGGGAAGCCAGCGUAUUGCGAUCUCAAGGUCGUCAACAAUACCGAGCAUCAUGUUGCGUUCAAGGUUAAAACUACUUCACCUAGGAAGUACUUUGUUCGGCCAAACACCAGUGUGGUGCAACCGUGGGACGCUUGUACCAUAACAGUUACACUGCAAGCCCAGAAGGAGUACCCGCCUGACAUGCGAUGCAAUGAUAAGUUUCUUCUUCAGAGUACAAAAGUGCCACCUAUUACUGAUGUCGAUGAGCUACCACCUGAGACGUUCAAUAAAGAAGGUGAUAAGGUUGUACAAGAAUUGAAGCUUAAGGUCAUUUACAAAGCACCAACACAAUUAAAUGAUGGAAACUCUGAAGAAACAGGCCUAACUGGAGCACCUAGGGGCUCAAGGCAAGGUUCUGAUAGCAUUUCGGUUCUCAAUAACUCUAGCAUGCAAGAGAUCCAAGCUGUACAACAUUUGAAGUCUGAAAGAGAUGCUAUUCUCCAACAAAAUCAGCAGUUGCAGAGGGAACUUGAAAUGUUUAGAAGACGCAAAAGCCGGAGAAAUGAUGCAGGCUUCUCAUUAACCUUCUCAGCUUUUGCUGGAUUAGUUGGUCUAAUGCUUGGUUUCAUUCUAAACCUUGCAUUAUCUUCACCACCAACCGCAUGAAGCUACUGCAUUUUAUGAACUCUGGAAAAAAGUCAAUGCUCAGGAAGUGUAUCUUUUGUGUUUGAUGGUGCUGCCAUUUUCACUCUCUUUAAUGUUUCAAAUUUAUUAUUAUUAUUAUUAUUAUUUUAAUA